AUGUUUGGUAUUCUGAGCCCUACUUCCCAGCAGGUUAUGAAAACUCAUGUGACAAUAUGUCCUGAAGAUGACGCACCUCCAUCUAAAGUCCUCAGAACGGAUGAGUCGCCGUCGCGAAGGAUCUCUUCGCUUCUCAGCGAGGCUACAACGAGCGAGACACUGCCCUUAAUUGAUUUCUAUGUUGUCUUCAUGAAAAACAAGCAGAAGAUGAGCGCUUUUCUGAAACAAAUUCCGACGACUGUGGGGGCUGAGCAUCUAAAACGCGUUGACAAAAGCGGAAGAGUACUCUUGCAACGUGUGGGUAUCCUAUCGAUAGAGCUACUGCAGGCACUGGAGGAAUUUGGAAUGACAGAAAACGAUUUACAGAUAGCCAAAGUUCCUUCAACUAGACCUGUGACUAGACAGCAGUUUGAUUGGGCAAAACAGUAUUGGCCUACCUGCUUUCAUCGUGAUAAGGUAUUGGAGGGUUUACUGGACAGCUCUGUAUUCACAAAGAAGGACAAGUUCGAAAUCUACAGUUGGUGUAAACGAGCUCUUCAUGUGGGAAGUGUGGUCGUGCAAAAUGGUAAGGAGUUAGCCUGUAGUCAAAUAACUUCCCAACUCCUUGGUCAUCCUGUCAUGACAAUGGUGCAGGAACUGGCGAAAUGUCCAAGGCAACUGGGUGACUAUCUAGCAACUGACUGCGAUGUUUAUCUGAGAGAUGAACCGUGUGCGAUGUGUGCAAUGGCUCUUGUACAUUGUCGGUCCGCUCGAGUAUUUUUUUGCAAAAGUUCUGUCAAUGGAGUGUAUUCGCAAGGGAAGUGGCAGUUACAUCUUGAACCAGCCAUCAAUCAUCACUAUCGCGUCUUUCAAGUGGAGCUGGUAUCAGAUGAGCGAAAAUCCUCAUUUUGCGGAAGAUAACACGUUAGCUCGAUGACUUACUCGAAAUAACUAGAGGUGUAAAUAUUCGCAGCUUUUGCCGUCUCUGCGUUGUAACCCUGUAUUUACCUUUCACCAUCGCCAUUAAAUCUGCAAGAGGGUCUUUCUUCGUUUACCAGUUUUGGUUUUAAUAAAGUGCUGUGGCCGUA